GAUUAGAGAAUGUGAAAGUAAAAGUCCAAGGGAGACAUUUUGUCAUGGUGGUUAAAUCUUCAACAGCGUACAGCUAUCUCAAAGCAGAGCAAGUGAGUGUGUUCGUUGGAUCGCAAUGGAUUCACUGGCUGACUGUGUGAAGGAGAAAGCCACGAUGUGCAGCACCAAUCCUUUUGAAGACACAGAAACCCUGGAGCAAGUUUCAUUACAGUCUAUGGAAAACAGAGGAGAAAAUCUUGAUUCAGCAGAGAAGUCUGAUGUGAUUGGUAAAUUAGGAUCAGAAUUAACUUCAGUUCCAAAUGGCAGUGAGGAGCCCAAGAGCCCAGAUGGACCAAAAUCUCUCUUAAAGAGAAGCAGCCUGGGCAGGCUGAGUUCAAGACUACGCUCUGGACUUGGGAAGGAUGGGGAGGGGAAACGAGAGCAGCGAAAAUCUGUCAGUGAAGAUCAGUCUGAACACAGGAAACUCUCAGGAUCAGAAUUAACUUCAGUUCCAAAUGGCAGUGAGGAGCCCAAGAGCCCAGAUGGACCAAAAUCUCUCUUAAAGAGAAGCAGCCUGGGCAGGCUGAGUUCCAGGCUACGCUCGGGACUUGGGAAGGAUGGGGAGGGGAAACAAGAGCAGCGAAAAUCUGUCAGUGAAGAUCAGUCUGAACACAGGAAACUCUCAGGACCAGAAUCAUCAGUCCCAGGUGACACUGAGGAGCCCAAAAGUCCAAAUGGAUCUUUGCCUCCAUUGAAGAGAGGUGGCUUGGGCAGGCUGAGCUCAAAGAUACUGUCUGGGCUCAGAAAGGAUGGGGAUGCUAAACAAGACUUGUUGAAAGCCAUUGCUGAAAUAAGAGCAGAGGAAGUUGACACGCCACUAAAACAUAAAGAACCUGAGGAGCCCCUGUCAGUCAUGGAAAUCCAUGAUCUAAUUAACAAGGGAGUCCUAGAAGAAGCUCAUAUACAUCUACUGCUGCUGAAAAAGGAGCUGGAUUCAGAGGCUUCAAAGACCGUGCAAGAAGGCACUCAGUCAGAACUGUUAAGGAAAACAAAGGACAUGGAGCUGCUCUGUGGCACGCUCAGGAAUAAGCUGAAAUCCAUUGUGAAAGACUCGCUGAACAACUCACAAGAUCUUCUGACCGAAGCUGUCCAAAUAAUAGUAGAGGAGGACAAACGAGAAUACGAUCCGUCCUAUUCUGAAGCCAGCUGUCUCAAAGGGCCCCAGAAAUGGAAGGAGCUGUGGAGAGAGGCUGUGCAAGAAGGCGUGCGGGACCGAAUUGCCAACGUCCCCAUCGCAAAAAGAGAGGACAACCAGUCGUGGCUGGCAGUGCACUUAGCACUCCUUGGGAAGUCUAUUGUUGAUGAUUUGGAGAGUGUGAAGACCGUGGUACAAAAGUGCUAUCCAGAGGACUUUGGCGUGUGCGACACUUACGUGUCAAGCUCUCAUCAAGAAGUUUCUUCACACUUGCAAAAGAUCAUGCAGCAAAAGCUUGAUGUGAACGAGUGGUAUGCCCUUUUGAACUGGACGAUCAACUGCUAUGAAAGUGAUAAAAUAAUGGGGAACCUUGUUUUGAAACCAGAAGUAAACACUGAAAAUAUGGAUCCUUUAUUAGAUAAAGAUACAUUGGAAAACAUGAAGACAAAUUACAGCACCGGGCUGCAGGUGCAACUGAAACAGUGUUUGGAGAAUAUGUUAAACAUUGAAUCAGAAAAAAACUGGGAAACCAAAGAUGAGCCUGAGAUACUGAAUGGCUAUUACCAUUCAGAAAUACAGAUCGAUAUAACCGAGAUGGUUCACAGGUAUGUUACGACUUCACGAGAAAUCGACACAGACUUGGAAGAGAGGGUUCUGUGCACCUGUUCAGAGGAGCUGAAACAUUUCUCACGACACUUCCACAAUACUUUCAUGGAAUGGAGAACUUCCUCCCCAAACUCUGCAUUACAAAAGAGUCUCUCCAUUGCUUACAUUAACAGCUUCAGCAACAUCAAAACUGAAAUGGACAAAUACAAAGAGAAAUGCCCGGCACAGAUAGAGCAAUUGAACAACGAGCUGGACAAAGUGAUCCAGGAUUUUGGAGCAAUGCUACUAGCUGAUUUUAUACAGGAGACAGAGCCGUAUUUUAGGAAAUUAAUGACAAAGAGGUGGCUUUCGUGUGAGGAUGAUUUUGAAAAGAUAAUGGAGAUUAUUGAAAAUCAUUCCGAGCUUUACAAGAAAAUGAAGCAGCCCUGUUUUCAGAAGUGUGUGAAUGACAUCCACUACAGUGCUGUGAAGGGAUACGUCACACAGAUAAUGAAGAAGAAUUAUUCUUGCAAAAACAGAAAACACGAGCGAGCGGCAGCAAAGAUAAAGGUUGAGUCGGAGGCUCUCCGGAGUCACUUUGAUGACAUGGGUACCACUUCGAAAUGGCUUCACUCCGCGGCACAGCAUCUCGGUGACAUCGUUGGAGUAAAGAACAAAAGGGACAUCAAGGAAACCAUCCAGCCUCUCGUUUCUGACUUCCCAGAUAUCAGCAAGGAACAUAUUUCUGCCGUUCUAUAUUUCCGAGGGAUCACAAAAGGCCCUGAAAAGCAAGCAAUACUCCGACGUUUACAAGAACUGAAGAGCUCACCUGAAGCGAAUGUGAACAGAAGCAGGUUACUUUUUGGUGCCAUCGUAGUCCCAAAGACUAACGCCUGUCUGUCUUUGACCUAAUGACCGUCAUCAUCUUCCUGUCCAAAUGCCGUCUGGCUAUGUAACCAUAUGUAUGUAUCUAAAACGUUAUAGACUUGUCGUUGAAACAUGUGUCUAAUUUUAACAUUUUUUAUGACGUUUGCAAUCAGUUGUUUCAUAUUGCAAUUGCUCAAAGGUGCUUUGCCGGGAUUUCAAGGGUUGCUGUUCUGUUCUAGUUGCCUGCUGUAGACAUAUGGAACACAGGCUUGAGAUGUUCCGUUUACUAACACGUAACUGUGGGAGCAGAGAUUCGUUUUUAGGAGUCUCUUCAGAAGUGGUCCCUUGAGGACAUUAGUUAGUAAAUGAUAAUUAACUUAGCAGGAACAGAGAACACACAGUAAGAAAUUAAGGAAGAAAUUACAUAUUGUAAAAAUGUAGUAUAACGUAUACUUUUAGGCUGCAUUUUCUUUUCUUGAAAUGCUAAAUGUAUGUAAAGGGAAAGAACAGUUAGUACAGUGUUUCUACUGUAAAGCAGAGAUGGAAUGAAUGUUAGCAUUGGCAUCACAAUCACGGCAGAUUAAAAUCUGUGCUCCAGACAGAAAGUGAUUUACAGAACAGUAAGUGUGACAGGAAAGAAAAAUCUAUGCAGAGAAUUCCACUGGAUCAUUCUGGAAAG